AUGAUAAAGAUCAGCUAUGGCCAAUGGCAUCUAUUGGAAGAAUUAAUUGGCAAAAUAAGUGAAGACGAAUCUCGUACUAAUGAUACAAAUAUUGCUCAACCAGCUUUAUUUGCUAUUCAAGUUGGACCCGAUGCUUUACUUGUCCCAUGGAAUAUUUAUCCUUCAACAAUCGUGUCACAUAGUGCUGGUGACCAGGCAGCUGCUUUUGUUGCUGGUCGUCUAACAUUACAAGAAGCUGUUCGUAUUGUUUAUCAUCGAUCACGUCUUCAAAAUCGUAAUACACGACAAGGUGAUCGAAUGUUAGCUGUUUCAAUGAGUGAAGAAGAAGUACAAAAUAAAAUUCUCAAAGGUAUUGAACACUUUGUUUGUAUUGCUGUUGUUAACAGUUCUCGUUCUGUCACAUUAAGUGGAGAUGAAAAGAUUAUCGAUGAAUUACAACAAACUCUCUCAACAUUUCAUCCCAAUAUUUUCAAAGCUCGUCUUCGUAUUGAAAAUGCAUUUCAUUCAUAUCAAAUGAAUCGAUUUGAUAUUGAAAAAGAAAUGCUUUCAUCAUUGAAAGAUAUUCAAGAAUUUCCAAUACAAGAUCAAAAACAAGUUUUUGAUUCAAUAUGUGCAAAAGCAAAAUGUUAUUCAAGUGUUAUUGGUGAACAAAUGAAUGAUAAUAUACCAGUUGAUGGUCAAUAUUUGUGGUCAAAUGUGAGACAGACUGUGAGAUAUUAUGAUGCUAUAACAACAAUUAUAAAAGAUGAAGCAGCAGAUGUUUUUCUUGAAAUUUCACCACAUCCAGUUUUAGCAAAAUCAAUUCGUGAAUGUUAUGAAUUAACAAAUCAACAACAAUCAUCACCAUUUAUUCUUUUAACAUUAAAACGAAAAGAAAAUGAACAAAUAAUAUUACUUACUAGUUUAGCACAACUUACAACAUCAUGUCAUGUAUGCUAA